CGAAACCCCAGUAGUUGAAAAGAUCACUGCAGAGGAUGUAGAUAGUAAAGAGUUGGCAGAGGAAGUCGAUGCAGCCACUGAAAACGGUGCUGAGGAAUCUGCUGACGCAAAAGAAAAUGGUGAUUCCACCGGUGAAGCUGAAGUUAGCGAUGAAGCACCAGAUGCUGCCGACGGUGAGAAGGGUGAUGACGACGCAGCAGCUGAUGGUGAAGAUGGUGCAGAAGAAAAUGGCGAUGAAGGUGUUGCCAAAGAGGCCAACGGUGAAGCAGCCGAAGCAGUCAAGCGAAAGGUAGUUGCCGAUUCUGAUGGCAAGGUUGAUGAUACUGUCCCAACCCCAGAAAAGAAAGCUAAGCUAGACGACUCAGCAUCAAAAGAAGAAGCGCAAAACGGUGCGGAAGGGACCGAAAUAGCCGCUUAAUUUAAGUUACAAUCUUAUUAUCCUUUAAUCUUAAAAUAAUAAUUUAAAGAAAAAAAUUUCAAAAGAAAAGAAAAAUUAACGACAGUAUAAAAUUAAAAAAAAAAUAGUAUGUAAUUGUAUGUGUACGCUGAGGAAUGAGACAAAACAGUAAACUAUUUUACAAAAUACAAAAUUGAAUAGUUGAGAUAAUAUCAACAUCAAAAUGUAACACCUCACCUUAUUCCUAUGUAACCAUAUGUAUAAAGAAAACAAAUCUACAAGAAGAAAAUAUAAGUAAUAAACAAAACAAAACAAAUGUAACUUAAAAAAAAAAAAAUUUGUACACAAACGAAAAACCUGUAAAGAUAGGAUUGUUCCAAAAAAUCACAUUGUUCUUUUUUUGUUUUUGUGUUUUGAAGUAUAACACUUGCUAUUAAUAUUAAUAUGUAUUUAAAAUACGGUGUUUUGGCAGGCAAAGCGAUAAAUAGCAGAAGAAAAUUCUGGUUUCAUUUGCACCUUGAUUGAGUGAUGAACCGUCCCACCAACCACAAUACACCGACAAAGUAAUAACUUUUUAUUUUGGUACUUAUUUUGAACUUGAACCAAAUGACAAAAAGCGAUCAUAUCACGUGUAAUGCAUUUAAUUUUACAACACGCACACAAACUUUAAAAAACUACCGUAAAAUUUGAAAAAUUCGACUUGAAAAGAAAUACUUGUGAUUUUAGGAACAAUCUUCAAUCUCAAUAAAAUGUUUCUAAAAAGAUUUUUUAUAAGUUUAAAAAAAUUUAUUUUAAUUUUCGAAGAUACAAUUUUUUAAGUUUUUUUUUUCUUAUAUCUAUUGUAUGUACUAUUAUACGGGGACAGUUUGAUAAUUCAGUGGGCUGAAUUUCUCGUGUAUCUUUAAAUGCAAAACUGUUUCAGUCAUCCACUAACUGUUAAUAAACCACUGUAUUAUUUUGAACGCAUUAGCGUUAUUUAUUUCACAUUGUGAAUUUUAACCAAUUUAAAAAAAAAAAAA